AAUAUGAAACACCUAAUUCAACACUGGCUGCCUACGGUCACACUGCUACUCUAGAACGAAAUCGGGAGAAAUUUUUAUCAAAUUGCAAUUUCACGCUCCGCACCGUCUGAAACCCGCCCACAUCGUGUUCUUAUACAAUUAAAGACAACCGACAGCAGGGAAUUUGCCGUAGUUAUACCAAAUUCCAGCUCUAAUUAGCUGUCCCAACGAAAGUUGUGCGUGUGUGCUGGCUUCUCAGGGUGUGCGAGUGUUAGUGCGUUGUUUUCACACACAAUUUCGCUGCAAUUUACAAAAUUAACAACAAAAGCGCAGUAACAGCACCGACAGCAACAACGGCUCCAACAACAAGAAACGUAAGCAUUCGCGAGGCUGAUUGUUUAAACAAGGGGCAACAACAAAAGUAUUAGUAUUAGAGUGGAAAUCGCAUGCCAGGCGGACGACUGGUAAACAAACCGAAAGGCCAUCGGCAGUCCCGAAAUUCUGAAGGCGGAGGAGGGGCCACGUCGCUAUCCCUUAUCAACGGGAGUGCACUGCGAGAAACACGUCAGUUGUGUUCAAUAGAUUUCUUUAAAUUUUCGCCGUGUCGUUAUUUUUAAUUAGCUGUCUAAAGUAAUAUAGGCAGAAUAAUGUCAUCCUCGUCGGCUUCCGGCGGUCGCAAGCAGCCCACGGCCGUCUCGCGCAUGAAGCAGGACUACAUGCGUCUGAAGCGGGACCCGCUACCUUACAUCACCGCGGAGCCGCUGCCCAACAAUAUCCUCGAGUGGCACUACUGCGUCAAGGGGCCGGAGGACUCGCCAUACUACGGAGGCUACUAUCACGGCACUCUGCUCUUCCCGCGCGAAUUCCCCUUCAAGCCGCCAUCUAUCUACAUGCUGACGCCGAACGGACGCUUCAAGACCAACACGAGGCUUUGUCUGAGCAUAUCAGACUUCCAUCCGGACACUUGGAACCCUACUUGGUGCGUGGGAACCAUACUCACAGGCUUGCUAAGCUUCAUGCUGGAGAGUACACCCACGCUGGGAUCCAUCGAGUCGUCGAACUAUGACAAGCAAAUGUUUGCUCAAAAAUCCUUAGCAUUUAACCUGCGCAACACAAAUUUCUGUGAGCUGUUUCCCGAAAUGGUGGAUGAGAUCAAGCAGCGAUUGCAGGGCACCCAGGCGGCGGCGGCUGCAGCAGCGGGUGCCACUGCGUCUACUUCGAGCGGUACGAAACGGGCCAAUGGCGGCAAUGGCGUUGCCCUGGGGGCGGCGGAUGCUAACCUGGCAGCGGGUGGUGCUGGUGGCCAUCCUCAGAAUGGCGCAGAUGGCAUUGAUGGCGAAGGAGCGGGACAGGCGGAUCUGGCCAACGGCGUCGGAGCAGCGGCUCUACAAAACAGUGCUCGCAAUUCCUAUAUGAAUUGGCAGUCCGUGUAUUCCAACCUGGUGAUCAUCAUCUGCUUUGCGAUAUUUGCCCUCAUUGUUAAUUACGUGAUCAAAAACCUGAAUCAGGAAUAGAAAUAACUACGACACAGCCUCUAUAUUUAUAUACGAAUAUACACAUCCGUGUGCAUGUGCAUAUUUAAUCUAGUUUACUCUAAAGUAGUCUUCGUGGAUUGAGUACCGCUUGAGAAGUAUUUACAGACCCGCUUUCGACCCAGCCUCCGCAUCUACCACCUGCCAUCCGCCAUCCAUUCCCCAGGUUCCCACGAUCGCUAUUUAGUCUGAAAAUAUUGGCAAUAAAAGAACUAGAAACACAGAUACACACACCCCCACACACACAAUUAUAAACUCAAUUUGUGAAACCUAUAAA